UAAUUUGAAGGAACGAAGGUAAUCAGAGGUACAUAAGUUGUUCUUGUCUCUUCUCCCGGUAUGAUUUGUUAAUUUGUACGCUACGGCGAAUCAGAAUGUCUAGCAAGUCAACGUUUCUAAAAGUUGUUCUGCUCGGGGAUGGCGGUGUUGGAAAGUCUUCGCUGAUGAACCGAUUUGUAAGCGGCAAGUUCGACACGCAAUCCUUCCACACAAUUGGAGUGGAGUUCUUGAAUAAAGAUGUGAAUGUCGAAGGACAGUCCUACACCUUACAGAUCUGGGAUACAGCUGGCCAAGAAAGGUUUAAAAGCUUAAGGACGCCUUUUUAUCGGGGAUCAGACUUGUGUUUGCUUGUUUACGCCGUUGACGAUGUUCAAAGCUUCAAAAAUUUGGCAAUGUGGCGGAAGGAAUUUCUGUAUUACGCUGAUGUGAAAGACAAGGACACCUUUCCGUUUAUUCUUUUGGGAAAUAAAAUUGACGUUGACGAGAGGGUUGUGACGCAAGAAGAAGCGCAUAACUUUUGUCAGGAGAUCGGGGGAAUUCCCUACUACGAAACAAGCGCAAAAGACUCGACGAAUGUGGACAAUGCCUUCCAUGCAGCCGUCAACAGACUGAACGAAUUGGAACAAACCAAAGCAAAAAGUGAUUUCUCUGCCACUGAGGGAGUGAAUUUAUCUAGAGUUACUCAGAGAGAAAGUUCAGGUUGCUGUGAAUAGUCUGGUGAUGUUUAAUUUUUAACAUUUAUUUCUAUUUUACUUAAAAUUAAAAUCGGAUGUUGAAUAUAUGGAGGCAUCGAAUGGUUGAUGAACAUUUCCUUAUCUCGAUUUUCAUUUUGACGAUACUGAUGCAUACAAAAUGUCCAAUUCAUGUUCGCAUAUAUUUCCUUCCUUUUCGACCUUUUCAAUAGCAGAUGUAAGGGUGAACUCGGGGAAAGGCUCUGGGAAAUUCAUUGAGGUGGUAAAAUUUAGCCUUUCAUUCCCAAGAUCUUAAUGAAAAUCCUCCUUGCUUCCUGCCAUACAGUUCCUAUGAAGUUAGUAAGGAGAAUUUGGUAGAGGAUUUACUAAUAAUUUUCCUGAUCGUAUUUUUUUCACUUUGUUCUCGUCACUUGUCUGUUUGAUUUUGUAUUGAUUUUGUUUGGAGAAUUUUUUCUCUUGAUCACUUAUGGGAGUUGAAGGGUUAAGAAGGAAGGUUAUGAUUAGCUAGCAAACAUGCUCUUCAAUUAGAAAUAUUACUGGAGAC